CGCGCAUUGAACACAUAAAAUGAAUGAAAGAUGGAAAAAGUUUAAUUUGGUGUUCAGUGUAUUAUGGUCAAUGUGCUGAUCAACUACUAAUCAUACCAAAUGAAUUACGCGCCAAAGAUUUAUCAAUUUACCAUUCAGAAUCUAUUCAUGAAAAAAACAUUAGACAUAAUAUAGUUUGGUUGAAAAUCCCUCUUCCAACUACUACGGUUCAAUGUUCAAAUGAACAAUUUUCACCGGAAAUUUUAAAUUCACAUAUAAAUAUGAUCAAUUUAUUAUCAAUCUUAUAUCAUAUAUUUCUGCCGAUUUCUUAUGAGUAUGAACCAGAUCUUAUUUGUCUAAUGAUUGGAUCUAAUCCGCUGGAGUGUGAAUAUUUUACAUUGGAUAGUUUAGCUCAAAUAAUUUAUUUAAUAAAUGGACUAGGUAGAACAGUGCUCAUUAAUGGAUCGUCUCUCAAUGACUUAUAUUCAAUGAAUUUUUUACAAAGUCUACAAGGAAAACCAAUUACAACUGGAUUGCAUGCUGCAUUGCCGACUACACCAUCGUCAAGGUAA